GGCUGCGCGCGAAAGGCUCCUUGUUUCAAGCGAGCGCGGGAGUCGCGGUUGGAACAUCGGCGCGCGGCCUCUCAAAGGGAGCCCCAGAGUCCCAGGUUUUGGCUUUAAAAACAAAGACAUGAAUUCUAAAAUGAAGCCGCAAUCAAAUACCGAAAAGCAUCCCUCAGUGAAGCAGGUUUCUACAAAUAAUACAAACUGCACAUCACAGAGGCAGACCCUUAAGAUGAUACAGCCAUCUAUUACAGGUUGCCUGGUGGGCAGGGCAAAUGAGCAGGCUAAGUCUUCAAUCAAGAAGAAAUUUUGCAAUGAACAGCUUAUCUCAAAAGUAUCCAAACCUGAAGCUGCUGAUAAAGUAGAACACAGAAACAUAAGAGGAGUGAUCCAACCUUCUGAUCUUACAGCAAAAGGCAAUCCUUCAUUCCAGUAUUGGAAGGAAUUGGCUGAGGAGAGGAGGAAAGCCCUGCAUGAGGUUUUACAAGAAAAUGAAAAGUUGCAUCAAGAAAUUGAAUUAAAAACUAGUGAAAUUGCUCGUCUAAAAGAAGAAAAUGAAGAACUGGCAGAACUAGCUGGCCAUGUUCAUUAUAUGGCAAAUAUGAUAGAGCAAAUAACUGGAAAAGCACCCGAAAGCCUAGACAUUUUGAAAGGUUUAGAUCUGGAAGAAAUUGAAUAUGAAAAAAAUGAUUCUGCUGAGGAAGAUUUAAAUGGCGAAUCUGAAGAGGAACAUUCAAAAUUUCCCAACAGUUCUACAGAUGAAGUUGCAGAUGUGCCUUUAAAUUGAGAAAGUAACCUCUGAAAGUGUUGGGCUGGGGGGAGGGGGGGAGAGAGCAAUCAAGAAAUCCUCUGAAAACUACAGGUUUAUCUAAGAUUUGGAAGAUGGGAUUUCACUACUAAUGUGUUGCAGAGUGACUAACAGUCUUAACAAAAGUAUUAGAUUGUAUGUAGUCACUUAUUAAUUGGAAAUACUGUGUAUUUCAGCUUGUAAAUAAGUUUUUAUUCAUUUAUGACAUUUGUAAUUACCAAAUAAAUCUACCCACACAA